GGGCACGUCAUCACGUUCCGUUCAGCGAUGGCUCUCCCCGACUGGAUGGUAAAGCUGAUUGCUGCCGCAUCUUUCCUCUGUUUCUUAGGUUUAUGUGUUCGCUACAGACGCUCAGGACAAGUGUUUUGGAAAAAAUUGCUGGGCAAGAUAAUGGCUCGCACGGAGAAGCCGCUGUUCCGAAUCGCGUACACCCUCUACACCAGGACCAGACUUGGCUACAUGUACUACAAGAGGCAAAUGAGAAAAGCCCGGGAACAUUACCCUGGUGGCCACUCCACAGCUCACGCCAUGGAGUUCACUGAUAUCAAAAUAAUUCCCAUCUCGGUACUGUCUGACAACUACAGUUAUCUUGUAAUUGACACAGCCUCCAGUGUUGCUGUUGUUGUAGACCCUGCAGACCCUCAAACAGUUCAGGCAGUCCUUGAGGAAGAGGGAGUGAUGUUAGAAGCAAUACUCUGUACACACAAGCAUUGGGAUCACAGUGGCGGAAACAAAGGGUUGAAAAGGCUUCACAGCUCGUGCCGAGUGUACGGAAAUGCAGCUGAUAACAUUCCUGGUCUCACACACCCUCUCUCACACAAGGACUCUGUAACAGUUGGUCGUAUGCACUUUAAGGCCCUAUUCACUCCUGGACACACAGUGGGCCACAUGAUCUACCUCCUGGAUGGCCAAGCCAUCGGCGCCCCCUCCAGCCUCUUCUCUGGCGACCUGGUCUUCCUCUCAGGAUGUGGGAGGAUGUUUGAAGGCAGUGCAACAACAAUGCUGUCAUCUCUCGACACAGUCGGCUCCUUAAGUGAUGAUACUCUAUUAUGGCCCGGUCAUGAGUAUGCAGAAGACAACCUGCUGUUUGCUGCUGAGGUUGAGCCACGCAAUGCUGCCAGGGAAAACAAAUAUCAGUGGGUGCUGCAGCAGCGAGGCCAGAAGCUGUGCACGAGUCCCUCCACUAUUGGAGAAGAGAAGCAGUACAAUCCUUUCCUGCGCAGCCACUCUGCUGAGCUCCAUCUGGCCCUAGGCCUCAAGCAGUUCCAGGACGAAGACUGGACCCAGUUCAGGGCUCGGGUGCUGGAAGAGCUGCGAAAACGCAAAGACCUCUACAACAGGAGAUAGUGUUAACGAGAAGUCCACCAAACAGCAGGGAACUCACCUGUACAGGAUAUUGGUACGAAAACAGUGACGUGCAGUUGUAAAAGAACAUGAUAAGCUGAACUCUGAGGUACUGUAUAAAAGCCUGACCAGUUUUGUACAUUUAGUAAUUUUUGACAUUUAUCAUCCUGUAUCAAUGACCAUUAGGAACGAAGUCACAACUUAGUUAUUACAUAAUCCUAGUACUAAUAAUCCUCUUACCUCUCCACAUGCUGUAUAUUGUGGUUAUUUUGUGUUUAUAGACGGAGCAGUGCUCAUUUACUGCCUCUUUAACAUAGAGGCAUAAACAUCAAUGUAGAUUUGCAUGACUACCUUUCUGUUUUUACAAGUACGUACAACCAGAAUUCUCAUUCUGGUGUGUGAAACACAGGGUGACAACGGGUGUGCACACUACGUGGGUUCAUCAACAUGUUAGGUACUGUAUUGUUUACUCCACAGAAUAUGUGACUUUUGCAAUUGAAUAUUUUCAUUGUGGCUAUUUUGAAUUGUUAUAACAAUAAUGGCACCCUUAAUUUAACAAUUCACACAGAUACUCUCUGCUGUCGGUACUUUGAGUGAAAGCCAGCAAAAAAUAUGGGAAAACGUUUGGACACCCUUUUAUGUGAAUGUGUUUGCUGUAUCUAAGAGCCAAUUUUUUUUUUUUUAACUUAAAAAAAAGAUGUUACUAACAUUAGUUUUUUAUGGUGCAUGAGAUUUCUGUACUAAUGCUGUUUUUUGUUUUUUUUUCUUCUCCCCCAAAAGUUGUAUUUUAUAAUUUUACUCAUGAAACAACAAGAAUUUAUCUGCUAGUGGGCCAAAGGUGAGACACAUGUUUUCUAGUAAAGACGUUUUUUGUGCCUCUCAGAAAAUGACUUAUGCUGAACUAAUUGUUUCACAUUUAGAACUGUAUUUUUCAAAUGUUUGUAGUGGCACUACUUAAACAGCACCAUAUAUGAAGGAUUUGACAGGUAUUGCAUUGUAAUGUAUGAAAUAUGACGGAAUUGCUGUUGAAGAGAUGAUUUCUUUAGGGAGCUUUAGAUUAAUUACUCAUGACUGCCAAGAGUAAUAAUGACGAUAAUUGUACAGGUGCUUAUUUCGAAUUAAUGUAAUGUUUAAAAUGUAAUAUUUAAGAUGGGGAUGGAAUUGCUAGAUCUUUCAUUUCUUUCUAAUAUGAGAAUACAAUUUGACAUUGACUGUGACAGUCAAAUGAAGGAAUGUUUUUAUAACCAGUCUGAACCAAAAUUAUACAUAUUUUUAAUAUAUUGAAGGAUUUAUUAUACUGUGACAGUACAGAGGAGGAAAAUUAUUUCAGUGUAAUAAACAAGGUCCUCUGUUGCUUUUUGUAUGUGUUUUUAUGAAGGAAGACUAAUGCAGCCUCUGUUUAGGUGAAGAUGGGCCAGAAUGCAAAGGAAUAAACCUUGAAACCUUUGAGGAGAUACGAAAGUGCCUCAGAUGCCUUCGCUGCUCCUGCAGAAGGGGUCGUAACAAAGCACCUUGUCCCCUAGUGAUUGUUGACUAAAAUGUGAGUCUUUUUGUUUGAUGCAGAGCUGCAUCUUAUUUGCAUACGUUUGAGUUACGAACACCACCACACGGGAGACUGUUUUACUUCAGGUUAUGUUUUAAUGAGGAAAUAUGAAAGUAAACUCCUCUACUAGAGCUGUGUGUGUUUGUGUGUGUGUGUGUGUUAUUUGUUGUCUUUAUGAAUGUUCAGAACUGACAGCUGAGUUAUUUUUCCCACUGCUAUAACUUCCAUAAACUCAAAUAAGAGCAUAGCCUACUCAAGGCACAUUUAAGAGAUACUCUUGUGUCAGAAAAAAAGUGAGCUGAACUUUCUGUCGAUAAAGAAGUGUAUUACAACAGAACAACAAGAUGUACAAUUACAAGUUGUGUCCUGGGUCCACCUCAGGUGCCAGAUUUUAAGUCAUCUGUAUAAAUCAGAGGAACACUGAUGAAAGUGGAAUAAGUAAUGUAAUAGUCAUAAUAUGGAAUAAAGGAAAAAUAAAGAAU